AAUCUCGCGAGAGUAUCACCCGCCUCCUUCCUUUAGACGGGUCAGGAUUCUUCGAGAUCUCUCUGUGCUGCCGCUUCGCCCGUCCCUUCCCCCUCGCGAGGAGGCAGCCGGAGUCGCGUGCUGCGGCAGCCCAUUUAAACAGUCGGAGCGGUCGCUCCGGGUGAACUGCGGAGGCUACUGCGGCGGACGGAUUUCCCCCUCAGGCGGCGCCGGUCAGCAUCUUCUCGGCUCUGCUUUCUUCGCCUGCCCGGCAACCGGCCCCGUGCGCUCUUCUUUUUUAAGUAGGCCUCUCGGGCCUCUCUCCGGCGUUUCUCUCCCUCGCCCCCGAAGGCACCAUGUCCGUGGUGGGAAUCGAUCUGGGCUUCCAGAGCUGCUAUGUGGCGGUGGCCCGCGCGGGGGGCAUCGAAACGAUCGCCAACGAGUAUAGCGACCGCUGCACCCCGUCAUGUAUAUCAUUUGGACCCAAGAACCGUUCAAUCGGAGCUGCAGCGAAGAGCCAGGUAAUUUCAAAUGCAAAGAAUACAGUGCAAGGUUUUAAAAGAUUUCAUGGUCGUGCGUUUUCGGAUCCUUUUGUUCAUGAUGAAAAAGCUAAACUUGCUUAUGAGCUUGUCCAGCUGCCCUCACUUUCUGUUGGCAUUAAGGUUAAAUAUAUGGAAGAAGAACGAAACUUCACAGUUGAGCAGAUUACAGGAAUGCUUCUCACUAAACUAAAAGAAACUGCAGAGAAUGCUCUUAAAAAACCUGUAGUUGACUGUGUUGUAUCUGUUCCUUGCUUUUAUACAGAUGCAGAGAGGAGAUCUGUCAUGGAUGCUACACAGAUUGCUGGAUUAAACUGCUUGAAGUUAAUUAAUGAAACUACUGCAGUUGCUCUGGCCUAUGGGAUCUAUAAACAAGACCUGCCUGCAUUAGAAGAAAAACCAAGAAAUGUGGUAUUUGUUGAUUUAGGGCAUUCAGCUUAUCAAGUAUCAGUAUGUGCAUUCAACAAGGGUAAAUUAAAGGUACUUGCAACAGCAUUUGACACCAUGCUCGGUGGCAGGAAAUUUGAUGAAGUAUUAGUAAAUUAUUUUUGUGAAGAAUUUGGGAAGAAAUACAAACUAGACAUAAAGUCCAAUAUUCGGCCCUUGUUAAGAUUAUCUCAGGAAUGUGAGAAGCUGAAGAAGCUUAUGAGUGCAAAUGCUUCUGACCUGCCCAUGAAUAUAGAAUGCUUCAUGAAUGAUAUUGAUGUCUCUGGGACUAUGAACAGAGGCAAAUUCUUAGAGAUGUGUGAUGAUCUUUUGGCCAGAAUAGAACCACCUCUUCGCAGCGCCUUAGAUCAAGCUAAAUUAAAGAAGGAGGAUGUCUGUGCAGUAGAAAUAGUAGGAGGGGCUACAAGAAUUCCUGCUGUAAAAGAACGGAUCAGUAAAUUUUUUGGUAAAGAACUCAGUACAACUUUGAAUGCGGAUGAAGCGGUCACACGAGGCUGUGCAUUGCAGUGUGCUAUUCUAUCCCCAGCUUUUAAAGUGAGAGAAUUUUCUAUCACAGAUUUGGUGCCAUACCCCAUUUCUUUAAAAUGGAACUCCCCAGCAGAAGAGGGGAUAAGUGAUUGUGAAGUAUUUCCAAAGAAUCAUGCUGCACCUUUCUCCAAAGUCCUUACAUUUUACAGAAAGGAACCCUUUACUUUGGAAGCUUAUUAUAGUUCACCUAAAGAAUUGCCAUACCCAAACUCUGCCAUAGCUCAAUUUUUAGUUCAGAAAGUAAUACCCCAAAAGGAUGGAUCCAGUUCCAAAGUGAAAGUUAAAGUCAGAGUAAAUAUCCAUGGCAUUUUCAGUGUUUCAAGUGCAUCCCUUGUGGAAGUUCAUAAAUCAGAGGAAAAUGAAGAGCCCAUGGAAACAGAUCAACAUACAAAAGAUGAAGAGAAGAUGCAAAUAGACCAGGAAGAGCAACAGAAAAGUGAGGAACAACAACAGCAAACACAAGUUGAAAACAAGACUGAAUCUGAGGAAAUGGAGACAUCUCAGGCUGGAUCGAAAGAAAAGAAAACGGACCAGCCCCCUCAAGCUAAGAAAGCUAAAGUAAAGACAACGACAGUGGAUCUUCCAAUUGAGAAUCAUUUGGUGUGGCAGAUAGGAAAGGAUAUGUUGAACUUAUUUAUUGAGAAUGAGGGUAAAAUGAUCAUGCAGGAUAAACUGGAGAAGGAGCGGAAUGAUGCCAAGAAUGCAGUGGAGGAGUAUGUUUAUGAAAUGAGAGACAAACUCUGUGGCGUGUAUGAAAAAUUUGUUAGUGAUGAGGAUCGUAAUAGCUUCACUUUGAAGUUGGAAGACACAGAGAACUGGUUGUAUGAAGAGGGUGAAGAUCAACCAAAACAAGUUUAUAUUGAUAAACUUGUUGAACUGAAAGCUGUGGGGCAGCCUAUUCAGGCACGAUUUCAAGAAUCUGAAGAAAGACCAAAAGCUUUUGAAGAGCUUGGGAAACAUGUUCAACAAUAUAUGAAAGCUGUUCAUGCAUUUAAAGAAAAGGAUGAGCAAUAUGAUCACUUAGACCCUGCCGAAAUGGCUAAAGUGGAGAAGAGUACAAAUGAAGCAAUGGAAUGGAUGAACAACAAGCUUAAUCUUCAGCACAAGCGAAGUCUUACUUUGGACCCUGUUAUUACAGCAAAGGAAAUUGAAGCAAAAACAAAAGAACUGAUAAACAUCUGUAAUCCUAUUGUUACCAAACCCAAACCCAAAGUGGAACCACCAAAAGAGGAUCAAAAAUCAGCAGAACAGAAUGGUCCAGUAGAAGGCCAGGGUGAUGCCACCAAGGCUUCUCAGACUGCUGAACAGCAUACAGAUUCAACAGCUCCAACAUCUACAGAAAAGAAACUUCCGGAAAUGGAUAUUGAUUGAAUUCCAGUUCUUUAUAUUACAUACUACAAUAAAGCUUUAUGUUGUCUACUUUAUGAUCUGAAUAUAAAUGGGAGCGAAUUGAGAACUGUUAUUUUUCUCACAGUACAUUUUUGGAUGGGAUUAGUUGGUAGGGAGCAGCAAACUCUUGGUUACCGUAUUUUCCGGUGUAUAAGACGACCCCCGACUUCGGAGACAAUUUGCAUGGUUUAGAAAGUCGUCUUAUACGCUGGAAAAUACGGUAGUUAAAUCUUCAGCUGAAUAAGUUCAGUCUUUUGCCAUAUGAUGCCAGAAAUCCUUGAUAGCUAUUAGAUUUGCACAUCUGCUCUUUCAGUUUAAUCCUCUUCAUGUUGUGAAUCCCAUUAUUUAAAGUGUAAGAGCAACUAGAAUGUUUUGGUAGUUUGCUUUUAAUCUACAAUUAAAUUACUAUUGUGGAUUGAAGCAGCAUUAGUUGAUGGAAAACUACCAGAAGUAUUUAAAGCUCUGGUUCUAACACAAAAGAGCAAAAUAAAGAUAUUAGAUUGUGAUCCCUUUGCAAUUAUGGAAGCAAUAAUAGCAUGUUUUAUACCUGGAAGUUUAAUUCAUUUUUAUUUUACCAUUUUAUGGUUAUGUGAGAUAUAAGGCAACAUGGCUCAGAUUACUUAUUCAGGUUAAAUGUAAAGAAAUGAAGUAGCUGGAGUGUUUUUUCCCAGUUCAUGUUCACACUCUAUUAAUAUUCAUUAUGUCCUAGGUGUUGUAUCAAAUUGUUUAUCUGAUAUGCAGAAUAGAAUUUAUCUAAAAUAUGCUAUUAGAUCCAAUAUGUAUCCUCAUGAUAAAUUUCUCCCCAGCUAUAAGAAAUGCUGUGUAAAUUUCUGUCUCUAGCUUAGUUGUAGGGGGAAAAGGAGGGAAUACUGCUAGCUGCCUCUGGAUUAUUCUGAUUAGUAGCUAACAUAGAAGAUAGUAUUCGUUUUCCUACACUUGAAAAUGAUCAUUUUAUCUUCCAGCUAAAGAAGGAAUCUGGCAGUUUGCUCUUGUGUUCAUUUACACUUUGGCUGUGUUAUUCUUCUAGUAUUGAUAAUUGUCAUUAACUUGUAUGUGUUGAAAUCAAAUGAAAGCUUCCAUACACAUUACAAGAAAUAAAUGCACUGGAUUCUGUUGCA